CUCUGUAUAAACUUUUCCCAAUUGUUAAAGACUCGUGAAGACAUAUUUUUACAAAGUGGAAAUGAAGAAAUAAGGCAGUAAAAAGUUAGAGAGAGAAAUACAGGAAGAAAUACGCAGAGAUAAAGAGAGGAUAGAUAAGGUGCUUUGGGUUAAAGAGGGGAGAGAGAAAUACAAAAAUGGAGAGGAGGGAGUGAGAGAAAGGCAGAAAGAGGGGUUUUAGAGAGAGAAAGGGAUGAGAGAAUUUUUAGAGAGAGAGAUGGUGGUGUUCUACUAUUGUUGCUGUUCGCUUUAUUGGAGGGAUGAAUAAUUUCGAUUCUCUGUGCUGCGGGUCCAUGGCGGCCACGUACAAAAGCAAUCGUCCUCUGUUUGCACGGGAUUCACUGUUAGCUCGCUGGAUAUGAACGGGAAAAAGGUCCUAGAGAGAGAAACCGAAAGCCUUUUUGUUCACGGUCAUUUCUCUCUUUAUCUCUCUAAUAUUCUCUCUCUAAGUCUCUGAUCCAGGACUUGAUAAGACUUAUCUAAUGGAUUCCUUCUUUGUUGAUACCCCCCCCAACUCCAGUUUUUCUCUCUGCUUCUCGUUGAUGCUAAUUUCCCGUUGUUUCUCGCUCUAGAUCCACUGCUUUCAAGUUAUGAAUCGUGAAGAUCCGGCUUCUUUUUUGUUGUGCUAGUUUUUCCUGGGAAUAGAAGGGUUUUUCGCGAAUAACAGGGAAAGAUCAAGGCCUCGAGGGCUUUUUGUCAACUAUUGUUCAAGGCUUCGUUUUAGAUACGAGAAAAACUUUAGUUUCUGGUGAUUCCAGCCAUUUGUCGUCAUUUUCAGGCUGAAAAGUGGUGGAGUUUGUGAAAUUUAUUGGGCUAUUGUGUCAAAGGUUGCCUGAAAAGUUACCGGAUUUUUGUGAUUCCUGUGAGAAAAGGGGACAAAAUUCUAUAGCUUCUGCAACUCUUUCUAGUGAGGACCUGCAAAAAUUAGAGGUAUGUGGAAUUCUUUUGCUAGAAUGAAGAUCUAUCCAUGCCGUUAAAUUUUCUAUGAUAAAAGCCUCAGAGAAUAUUUUCACUAGGAUUUUGGUAUCAAAAGUAGCUUUGGCCCUAAGAAAACUGAAAGAAGGAUUUCCAAGAAAUUUACAGAUGGUUUCAGACAUGGAAAGGAUGGUGAGAUGCUAAUUGCUGGAGUUACAGAGGCAAAAGGAGUUAUUCUCGUCUUGUUUUUGGUCACAACUCACGGAAAGUAGACUUUGAUGCUUAGUGGGAGAGAGAAUUAGGAGAUAAUAAUAUUGGCUUUUUAAAUCACAGGAAAACCUAGUGUUUUAUGUGGUCGAUAUGGGGAAAUAAUUAGCUGUGGCCUUAGGGUUUUGAGACAAGAUCAGGCAAUUUUCGCCAUAAAGGCUGUUUUAUUGGGCUUUUCCUACUAAAUUGACACCGGGCUCAAAUAUUUUCUCCGAGUAAUAUUAGGACAUAACACCAGAGGUUUCCGAGGAAUUUUUCGGCCCUCUAGAGAGAACUUGAUCCUCUCAAAGCAAUGGAAGGAGAAGCAGUUGCUCAGGUGGCGACACCAUUAUUUAUGCAUCAGGCCUUGCCUGGUCGUUUCUGUGAGCCUUCGGCCAUGACAAAGAAGCGAGAGGCUUCAUGGGUAAAUCCUUCCUGGCAUAACCAUCACCAACAAAACCAGCAGCAGUACAAUUCAAAGGCCACUUGGAACCCUAAAGUUUGGGAUUGGGAUAGUGUUAUGUUUGUCGCGAAACCAAAGGAAAUCAGUGUGGAUUUACAGAGUGGGGCAGAGGGCUCGAGGCUUGGAGGAGAGAGCGAGCAAAGGUUGAAGGGGGAUGAAACCCUUAAACAACAGAAAUUGAAUAGUGAAGAAACCCUGAAGCCCAUUGCUUUCAAGAGGAAUGACAUGGAAGAUGCAGAGAAUUUGACCCUGAAACUUGGGGGUUCAAAUUAUUCUGCGGUUGAGGAUACAUCUGCGAGGCCAAGUAAGAGGGUGAGAUCUGGUUCACCAGGUAGCAGCUCUUACCCCAUGUGCCAAGUGGAUGAUUGUAGGGCUGAUUUGUCUGGUGCAAAGGACUAUCAUAGGAGGCAUAAGGUUUGUGAGGUGCACAGUAAGACCACUAAAGCUCUUGUGGGGAAGCAGAUGCAGAGGUUUUGCCAGCAGUGUAGCAGGUUUCAUCCACUUCAGGAGUUCGACGAGGGGAAGAGAAGUUGCAGGCGGAGGCUCGCAGGUCAUAACCGGAGGAGAAGAAAAACCCAACCAGACGAUGUGUCUUCACGCCUUUUGCUUUCUGCAAACCAGGACAAUGGGAGCCCUGCAAAUCUUGAUAUUGUGAACCUUCUGAAUGUUAUAGCACGUCUUCAAGGUGUAAAUGCUGAUAAAACCAUAAACGGGCAGCCUUUGCCUGAUAAAGAUAGGCUGAUUCAGAUCCUUAGUAAGAUCAAUUCCACGCCUGCGUCUGAGAGCUCUGGUGCAAGUUUGGCUGUACCUGAAGGCUUUGACCUUAAUGUUUCUCAAACCUUGCAUUCUAUGGAGCACCCACUUAAGCCCAACGGAAACCAGUCUCCCCCAUCCACCACGGAUUUAUUUGCUGUUCUCUCUGCUGCACUGGGGACAUCCUCUUCUGAUGGUCUGGCUGUACUCUCUCGAGGGCUGAACAACCAUAGCACUGAUUACAAGGUUCAACAGCAACCCCAUCUUGCAACCAAGCUUAAUGCUCAAGAACAAGCAGUUAGAUCUGAUAUACAAAAGACUCCAGGGUUCCCAUUUCCUUCUUCUGGGCUCGAGAGAAGUAACAUUUUACCUUCUCAAGGAAAGGGUUAUGAUAACAAUGUUGAAGUUUCAAGGCAGGGUUUGUCUUUGCAACUCUUUAGUUCUUCCCCUGAAGAUGAUAGUCCUUCUAAACUGGGUUCCACGAGGAAGUAUUUCUCCUCAGAUAGCAGUAAUCCGAUGGAAGAUAGGUCUCCUUCCUCUUCUCCACCUAUUGUGAGGAAACUAUUCCCUUUACACUCGGCUGCAGAGAACAUGAAGCAAGAGAGAAUCUCAAUUUGCAGAGAAGAGAACAUGGUGCUUGAUGCCAGUCCCAGCCAUGGGUCUAGUUCAGCUUUGGAGCUGUUUAAAAGUCCAAAUGGGAAAGCUGAAAAUGGUAGCCACUCAAAUUUACCAUAUCAGGGAAUGGAAGCGAGAUCAGCAGUUUUUCAAGCUGGGUAUAGCUCUUCUUCCGGGUCUGAUCAGUCCCCUUCCAGCUCAAAUUCUGAUAGCCAGGAACGGACCGAGCGAAUAAUAUUCAAGCUUUUUGACAAGAAUCCCAGUAAUUUCCCAGGAAAGCUUGGAACAAAGAUUUUGGAGUGGCUUUCUCAUAGUCCCUCAGAAAUGGAGAGUUACAUAAGACCGGGUUGUGUGGUUCUUUCGGUUUACAUAUCAAUGUCUGCUACAGCUUGGGAGGAAUUGCAAGAAGGCCUCAUGCAACGUAUACGCUUACUUGUUGAGGAUUCCACCACAGAUUUCUGGAGAAGCGGUCGGUUCUUAGUUCAAACAGACAGACAAUUGGCAUCACAUAAAGAUGGGAAGAUACGUUUGUGCAAAUCAUGGAGAACAUGGAGUACUCCUCAACUAGUUCUUGUGUCUCCCCUGGCAGUUGAAGGUGGGAGGGAUACCCAACUAGUUUUGAGAGGUCACAACUUGACUCUUCCUGACACCAAAAUUCAUUGCGCACAUAUGGGGAAAUACAUAACAAAAGACGUUUUGAAAGAUAGUUCUGUUGCUGUAUACGAUGAACUGGAUUCAGAGACCUUCAACUUCCCUGGUGAUGGGGUACCCAAUGUCAUGGGUCGUUUCUUUAUUGAGGUGGAGAAUGGCUUUAAGGGGAACAGCUUUCCUGUUAUAAUUGCUGAAGCUUCAGUUUGCACGGAGUUGAGAACCCUUGAACCCGACUUUGAGGAAGAUCUUAGAACAGUUAAUGGGGAUGAUUCAACUUGUGAUAUUGGUUGCCCAAGGUCUAGGGAGGAUGCCCUUCACUUCUUGAAUGAACUUGGAUGGUUGUUUCAAAGGAAGAACACCCCUUCAAGAUUCAUUGAUAUCAGAUUCUCUUCUACUCGUUUUAAGUUUCUCUUUGUUUUCUCAGUUGAAAGGGACUGGUUGGCUCUGGUUAAGACACUUCUUGAUAUUUUUGUUGAUGAGAACUUGGGUACAGAUGGAAAUUUGACAAGGGAAUCAUCUGAAUUACUCUCUGAGAUACACCUUUUGAACAGGGCGGUCAAGAGAAAGUGCAGGAAAAUGGUGGAUUUGCUUCUAUGUUAUUCCUUAUGUAGAGGUGGUCCAAAGAAGUUACUCUUUACCCCUAAUCUAGCAGGACCUGGCGGCCUUACUCCUUUGCAUCUGGCUGCUUGUACUCAGAACUCUGAGGACUUGGUGGAUGCACUUACCAGUGAUCCACUAGAGGUUGGUUUGAAAUUCUGGAAUACAGUGACAGAUGCGAAUGGCCAGACCCCAUAUGCCUAUGCCCUAAUGAGAAAUAACAACCAUUACAACAGACUGGUUGGCAGGAAGCUUGCAGAGAGAAAUGGCCAUGUAUCUUUAACUGUUAUGGAAUCAGUUGCUCCUUUAGAGCCAUCUUCUAUUCUGUCUAAAUCCACUUCGUUACAACCUCGAUCUUGUGCAAAUUGUGUAGCCAUGGAAGCCUCAGGAAGACGAUAUAGAAUGCCUCGCAGCCAUGGUCUUCUACAUAGGCCUUACGUGCACUCGAUGCUAGCUAUUGCAGCUGUUUGUGUGUGUGUGUGCUUGUUCUUGAGAUGCCCACCAGAUAUUGGCUCGGUUGCUCCAUUUAAGUGGGAGACUAUAGAUUUUGGCAGUCUUUGAAAACCUAAUUACUGGAACUUUCAACAAGUAGCGGUGGUGAUUUUGAGCUUGUGAUUAAUGGAUAACUGUUGCUUCUUGGGUUUCUCAAGUAAAUGAGAUUGGAACAUGCAAAGCGGUAUAGUAUAAUGAUUGAGGUAUGGAGAAAGUGAUCGAGUGUUUAUGAAGGUGUCACUUUUAGCUUAUGAGCUAAUGUGAAGCUGUUUCUGUGUCUUAGGGGUUUUUGUUUCUUGGGUAUUUCGUCUAGGCAAGCUUCAAAACCCAUAAGGGUAUGGAGGAGAGAGGAUUAGAAAGAGAGAAUAAGAAAGCGAAACCCAAGUUCAAUUGGUUAUAGUGUGUGCUCCUCAGAUAUUCUUCUGGUUGUAUCGAUGGAAUUGUUAGAGAUAUGAUAUUUUAGCUUUGUUAAGAUGCAAGGGAUGCAAAUUCUUGGUCGAGAAAACACCCAAAUGGCUUUUUUCGUUGGAGCAAAGCCCAAAGAAAAGAAGAAGAAAGUGCUACUGAAUCAGCCUGUGAAUCUUGUGUCAUGCAUGAAUUGAAGUCGAGAGCGGAGCAGCGGUUUCAACGACAGUCGUCCUGGAUGGAUGGAUCUCACUAAUUGGGUUUAGUUGGCGAUUUACUGACUCUGGAUUUUGUCGUUGUAGAAUCAAAUACCAAAUAUAUAGUAUUUAUUCAAAAAUGUUACAGGAAUAAAUAUUUUGAUAUUGUUGUUGGCAUAAUACCAUUGCUAUUCUUUUCCUCGUUAACCUUCAA